AUGGAGAAACGCCCAUCACGAAAGCAUUCCGAAAAGCUGUUCGGCACAAGUUGUGGUUCGGGUUGGACGGCGGAUCGCAGCUGA